CAACUGAAUUGGUUUUUAUCAAUACGUUCUGGCCCAACAGACCCUUUAAGGACAUCCAGAUUUUUUUAUCUGGCCCAAAUGGAAAUGAGUUUGAUGCCCUGAUAUUUGGGAUAAAAACAAGUGAAUCAUGGACUAUUUUGAAUGUAAACAAGAAUAAAGAGUGAGAUAUUUGGUGGUGGAAUGAUGUCACACCGCCAGCAAUGGAAGACUCUGUGAUGUCACUGGCGAUGCAGGCUGUGAUGUCAUCAACUGCAGAACUGUGUGCAACACAAUUCUGCAUAUUUUUCAUUGCUUGCCAUAUCACUGAUCAGUUCAGACGUGCGCAAAGCCCUUUCAAGAAGUUUACCGAACGACGAUUUUAGCGAUUGUAUUUACGAGAAAAUGUCUCAUCAUUCGCCAAGAUACCAGAGUGAGACGAUGGGAUCCCACUGGAGAAGGGAAGUCCAGGACAACCACCAAGGCAGACACCCGAGAAACUUACACAAGGAAAUCCAACGACUGAACCACCUUCUGGAAGUGGAGAGAGCCAGAAGGUUUGAAGAAAACCGAAGACUGGCCCGCCUGGAGGAGGAGUUGGAAGAAAUGAAAGUCCAUUUAAACAGGCAGACGGAUGUUAAAGAAAUGCUUAUCAGCCAGGCCGAAAAUGCAAGGAGCGAACUAGACAGAUUAGAAAGAUACAGCGAUCCAGAAGUGGUUAAAGCUGUUAUCAUUGCUUCCCAGGCAUACCAGGAUGUAAAAGACAUGGAGAUGAAGCAUUUACAACAAGUAUAUGUGGAUUUAAGGGUGGCCCACCUCCUCAGCCAGGAAGCAUUCGUAUCUGAAAUUCAAGAGGAGAAAGCCAAAAGUAAGGCCCUCCAAGAGGAACUGGAAGAACUGGAGACUUACUAUGAGGAGCAGAGCUCCAAGUAUGAAGGAGACAAUGCUCUUGUGAGGCAGGAGGGCGAGACCCAAACGUUUAACGAAGAGCAGCUGAGUGAGGAACAAAAGUCACAAAAGAUCACAUGCAUUCAAGACACCGAGAAACUAUUGCAGGACGAAUUGACUCAGCUCAAGAUUUCAUAUGAUGAACUCCAAUAUAAGUAUGGAAGUGAUAUUUUUGAACUGACCGAGGACGUGGAAAGAUACCAGGAGGAGAUAGAGCAGGUGGAAAACGCUCUUUCCAAAGAAAAGAGAGAAAAUCUGAUCCACAAAAUAAAUUAUUCUGCGCUGGAAGAUCGAGUUGAAAAACUUAUUUUUCAGAUUAGUCAGGAGAGAAAGACGCGUUUGAAGAAAUCGGAGGAGGACGCUGAAUUUAUUCAAACCAUGAGAGCUGAGAACGCCGUCUUCCAGGAAAAAUGGAGAAAAGAGACACUCUUCCUGCAAGACGGCAAAAAACGUUUGGAGGAAGAAUUAUUUUAUGUUAAACGUUCAUACAACGAGCUUAAAUGCGAAUACGACAGCAAUGUUUCUCGAUUGAAACGAGACAGGGAACGAUACCGGCAGAAGAUGGAGCAGGAGGAAGCGGCUCUUUCCAAAGAAAAGCAAGAAAAGAUUAUCCUUGAAAGGCAAUAUUCAGAGCUGCAACACCAAGUUGAAAAACUUAAUUUGGAAAUAAUCCAGGAGAGAGAGAGACGUAUGGAAAAAACAGAGGAGGACAAAGUGCUUCUCGAAAAUACAAGAGCUGAGAACGCUGUCCUCCUAGACAAAACACGAAAAGAGGUUCAAUUGCUGCUAGACAGGGAAAGAAGUGCCCAGGCUGAGUUGGAGAAGAUGAACGGUUUGUACGUGGAGCUAAAAUCUCGCUAUGAUACAGAAGUCACUGCUUUGAAACAUCAGGCAGAAAAAUACCAGGAGGAGAUCAUCACUGUGAAAAAAGAUCUGGAAAGAGUAAGAGAGGAAUUGCUGCUGGCCGACACACUGACGGAUGAAGAAGAUUUCCAACAAACAGAUGUUGACGUUUUCCAAGAGGAGGAAGACUUACAACGCCAAGUUGAACUGAUUAAAGUCUUGAGUCCACAGGUUUCUUCGGAGGAGGAACUCUCUGGAGAAACCUUAUCAGAGCAGCCUGGUAAGGUUUCUCCAGGGACCUCAAAAGAGACCAAGAUUGCUGGAGAAAGCGUCCUGGAGAAUUUGGACCAUCCUGACACUAAACCAAUGAAGGACGAUAAAAAGGGAAAAUCUAAAACUUCGUUUUGGCAAAAGCUUCGAAACAUGCUGCGACUGAAGAAGCCAAAAAAGAAACAGAAGGGUAAAGACGAUAUUAAUAUUUAGAGAGGAACCGAUGAAUCGAACAAGUGGAGGUCGCAGCCUCUGUGAACGGGGCGCCAUGCCACGCUCCAUCAAGACCAAAUUUAAAAAGUUUUUCCCCAUUGACAAAGUAUAAAAUGGAUCCUUUCCCAACCCAAUUGGAAAAAAGGUGGGCAGCACGGUGGAGUUUGCAUGUUCUCCCCGUGUUUGCGUGGGUUUUCCCCGGGUGCUCCGGUUUCCCCCCACAUCUCCAAAAACAUGUCGGUCAGGUCUGUUGGUCGCUGCAAAUCGCCCCCAAAAGAUUUUAAGAAACUACAAACAAUAAUGUGUCGUUUUAUUGUUAAACUUGUAAAAUUUAGCG